AUGCUCAAUUUGGCUUAUUUAUUCCCUCAUCACAUGUACAUUCAUACAAACCUACAGUUCCCACGAGUACAAUUCAAUUUUCUAUCAAUUGGUGUAUUAUUGUUAGCUAUUAUUUCGGGUUAUUAUGAAAAAUGGUUUUCAUACGAAUGGUUUAGUUUGUUGUCUUUAUCUAUAAUAAUAUGCUUAACAUUACAUAAGUAUCAAACGAGAGUCGACUUGUUUAACGAAGUGGUAGUAAAGGAGAUGUAUUUGUUUCAAAUACAAUCAUAUAAUCCCAACCAAAACUGUCAUUUCAAAAGCAAUUGCUUUGAAAUGAUAAACUUUCACAGAAACCACAAGUGCUGUGGAUGGUUGUCUCCCAAUGACUACAUGCAAUCCAAUUGGCAUUUAAAGCACAAUAACACAUACCUAUUGCCUCAGUAUUGUUGUAAUUAUUGGAGAAUAAGACAUAUGCAUAACAACUGUACCAUUGAUUCAGAGGCUAAAUAUGAGAUCGGAUGUCAUUUAGCGAUGGCUAACGAAUACGAGACAUUCAAUCCAAUCAGUUAUAAGUAUGGUAUCGCUUAUCCCGUAAUCAAAGCUAUAUCUAUCAUAUUGUUUGCGAUCACCAAAAUGUCAUCACUUUUGCCCUCAGCUGAAGGUAUAUUCUCGGAGUCUAUUCUUAGAUAA